AAACAAAUUGCUGUACUUAAUGAUGAUUCUAAAUGAACAAUGGAGCACAUAGGAGUAGCGGGGCAUCAUUUUUCUAGAGCUUUGCGCUCUUCUAUUCUUAUAAAUAAAGGCUACGUAGCAUUAGAGACCCUAAUAAAAAACAUAAAAAAGAUAUUUAACAUAUAUCACAGGAGCUAAUAGCUUUGUUUCCAGGUUUUGGGAAACGAAAAGCUCUUCCAUCAAACCAGGAAACUCACAGUCCAAAUGCAGAAGCAAAGGUUGGAGGGUAAGGUGGCUAUAAUCACUGGAGCAGCCAGUGGAAUCGGAGAAGAAACGGUGAGACUCUUCGCCGAAAACGGAGCCUAUGUCGUCGCCGCCGAUGUUCAAGACGAUCUCGGUCAUCAAGUCAUAGCUUCAAUAGGCUCAGAUAGAAUCACCUACCGUCACUGUGACGUCAGAGACGAGAAUCAGGUUGAAGAGACCGUCAAUUUCACGUUGGAAAAGCACGGCCGCAUCGAUAUCCUCUUCAGCAACGCCGGCAUACUUGGGUCCCUUUCCGGUAUCCUCGACCUUGAUCUCAAAGAUUUCGAUAACACCAUUGCCAUCAACGUUCGCGGAGUGGCGGCAACGAUAAAGCACGCGGCACGCGCCAUGGUUGCUAAGAAAACCCGCGGCUCCAUCAUAUGCACGACGAGCGUGGCGGCCACGUUGGGUGAGAUCGACGUGCAGUGAACUUGGCGGUUAUGGAAUCAGAGUUAAUAGUGUUUCGCCUUACGGAGUUGCAACGCCACUUUCAUGUAAGCCGUUUAAUCUUGGUCCUGAUGAGGUAGAAGCUUCUACUUCGGAAUAUGCGAAUCUGAAAGGGGUGGUGUUGAAGGCUCGGCAUAUUGCGGAGGCGGCGUUGUACCUUGCUUCAGAUGAAUCUGGUUACGUGAGUGGGCAUAACUUGGUGGUUGACGGUGGUUUCACGGUGGUUAAUGGCAGCUUCUCUGCAAGUUAUAAUUUGUUCACGAAUAGUUAGUUGUAGCUUCACGGUGGUUAACGGUGGCAUGUGUUUAAGCUUUCUUGUUCGCUGUAUCUUUCCAUCUGCAAAUCUCUCUCUCUCUCUUUGUCUCCUCCUCUUUCUUAUAAAUUCACGUAUCUUCAUAUAUGCUUCAGGUAAUGAUUUUCAUAUCAUAGGUAUUACUAUUACUA